CGUGCUGCCGUUAGUCUAGCGUCGGUUUGGCUCGGAGCCACCGGGGCGGCCCCGUUCCUGGAGGCUCUCUGAGUGAGGAUGAGGGCCAGAGAGGAAGAAUUCACUCACAUGAAGGCGAUUAGGAGGCGGCUGGGGCGGUAGGCGUGGGAGAAUCAGCCCAUAUCGCUGAAACCCUGCUAACUUCUAACGGGAGCUCUUCCAGACUCAGCGCACGGACAGGCGAGGGCACCAUCCCCGAGUUAAUGAGGAGGCGGCGAGGAGUCUUCAGCUCGCGGUGUAAUGGAAAGGUCAGCUUUAAGGGGCAGAUGCACUCACAGAUGCCUGCUGGUGUUCACCUCCGUCCUCCUGCUGUGUGAGAUCGUGGUCGGCCGCCUCUGCAACUCCCUUAUUAACACAGUGGACAGUUUCCACACCCUCUAUGUCCUCAUGCACUUAACCCUGCACCCACUGCAGACGCUUACAGGAGCUUCUGUGACCUCAAUUGCAAACCCCUACACCUCCCCAGACCCUGACGGACCGGUGCCACAGCAUCCCACCUCGACCACUGAUGGCCCAGCACUAACUCCAGACUCAGCUUCAAGUACAACCCAGAACAAUCACACCGUCACUGGUUCCGCCACCGACAGUCCCGACUCUGAGGAAGACCGGUACAGUACUCUGCGUAUGCAACCCUUCGGAGCUGCAGUCUCAGCUCUCCUGCUGGGCUCUCUUUGUGUCUCCAUCAGCCUUGAGAUCAUUACCCAUACACUGCAGCCCCAUGUCAUAAAGCACCCUCUGCUGGCCACAGCGGUUGGUGCGGCUAGUCUGUUGUUCAAUACUCUAAUACUGAUCUGGAGAAAAAUGGAUAUAGGACUUGGUGGGAUUAACAAGGAGCUGACAGAGACACAGAGCGAGGCCUUCACUACAACAAAUGAUAAAGCAAAGAAUAGUCAGCAGGGAGGGGGCAGUACCACAGAAGUAGAGGAGGCGGUUCAUCAUGAUCAUUCAACUCAAGAAGGGCCUCUUCAUGAUGGUGCACUGAUGUUCUGUAACCCUGGAGCACCCAGUGUGUUGGAUCCAGGCCAGUGCUCCAAAGAAUGCUGUUCUUUUGUCUCAUGUUCUGAAACCUCAACAGCUCCCAGCACUCACUCUUACCCACAGUCCAACCACACAGAGAACACCAUCUCCCCUCAUUCCAGUGAUUACCAGCAACCUCAACAGACCCCUCAGCUGACAGACCCUGCGAAUGAGGUGGACACCUACAAUGCCUGUGUCGUCCACACUGGUUGGCGAAACCAAGUGAGCGGCAGGCUGAAGAGCUGGAACCAAGGCUAUAUGAACAGCAUCGUCGUUGUGAUGCACGGCCUGCUGGGUUCCGUUCUGGUUCUUGUUAACGGCCUGGCCCUUCUUCUGUUUGGUGCAGACUGCCUACAGCCUCACUGGGUUUGUCAUCUACUCCCUUACCUGGACCCAGUCUUCUCCUUGGCGACCGUACUGGUUCUGAUAGCCAGGGCCCUGCCAGAGCUCCGGCACCAUGCCUUAAUGCUGCUCCAGGCUCCCCCAGCACAUGUACACGUGGAGGAGCUUACAGCUAGCAUCGGUCGUGUGCCGGGUGUGCUAGCAAUUCACGAGCUUCAUGUGUGGCAGCUGUCUGAGGCGCGUCUCGUAGCGUCUGUCCAUGUUCACUGCCCAUCGGGAAUGGGAGCGCUAGAAUGUUCCGAACUCCUAGUGAUGGUCACAGAGGUCCUUAAAAGUUUUGGUGUGAGUCGCUGCACUGUGCAGCCGGAGUUUGUUGCCAUUCACAGUGAUGAUCCUCAGUCUCAUGCAGGGUCAGCUAUACCAGACACAGUGGACGCUAUAGCGCAGCCAUACUGCAGCCUACGUUGCGGGAAGGAGUGUGCUAGGAAAAUGUGCUGUGCACCUCCAGAAGUGCAUCCCUCUCCUACAGUUCCCUCUGCUGUGGACAUGGAUGUGAGGCAUCAGGACAUUGUCAUUGAGAACACAUACCUGUAAUGGCAAUAAAGAAAUAGCUGCUAAUGUCGCUAAACAUCAGUGGGAGCAAGCAGGCAUCAGUAAAUGCAGAUCCAUUUGCUAAAUGUGAUUGGUGGCUGUUCAUUUUCAUGUAGUGUUAAGGAGGAAUUAAAGGUUCUAGAUAAUUUAAUUAUUGAGAUGUAAGCAGUGUCAUGCAGAGUGGUUUGAGUGAAAUGGUUCAUUGUAGAAAAACUUACCCAGUCUGGUUUCUUUACAGUUGUGGUGAUGGAGGGAAAGUCGACACUGGUGUUCGCUCGAUGCCCCCAACCUCUGAGGGCUGAUGCCCUUCACUUGAGCUAAUAAAGUAAUAAAGAUGGCGCUGGGGAUUCCCUUGAGGGGAAAAGAUAAUGCCAAGUGGGUGAGGAUUUGUUAGAAUCGGUACUGAAACAGAAGGCAGGAACUAUUUUUUUCAGUGGUAUCUAGAUAGACAUAGCAACGCAAGCUCUCCUGAUGGUUUCGAGCUGAAGAGAAAGCCUAACAUGUUAGACUAACCAUCAGCAUCAUUACGAAGUGAGAGAGAAUCAACUAGGCAUGUUUUUGAUUUUCAAUUUUGUGAGACAAAAGGUCAGUCUAGACCAGGGGUCUUUAAUUAAAAUUCAAUAAGGUCCAGUCAGAGAACAUUUCCUCAAGCAAAGUUCCAGAACGUCAUAAUGUCCAACUUGCAUCAUGAUUCAGAGCCAUAUACUGUUUACUGAAGUAGCCUAGCAGGUGUAUCAACAUCUUAUACAGUCAACAACUGAAUUUUAAAUCAAAUAAAGUACAAAUCAGUGAUAUUUCAACAACAUUUAUUGUUAGUUUUCUCUCGUUAGAGCACGACAUGUGCUUCCCUCUGACUCACUUUCUUCUCUGACUGCUGUUUCUCGCCUCGUCCCUCCCCUGUCUGGCGUCACUCACUCUAAUCCCUGUGCUCAUCGUAAUGCAUAGAUCUGAUUGGCUGAGUAGCGUCAUGUGUGAUAUUUACAAGGCAUGUGAUUGGUCUGUAAGUCACCGGCUGCAGAAGCGCUAUCAUAAAGGCUAGAAAAAUUAUGACGAUUAAAUUAGGACCACCGCAUCUAAAUUAAAUAAUUCUCCAUAGUUUAUCGGUUAUAGGCCCAGGUCCGCAUAGGACAGCGACUGGGUCCAGACUCUGACCGCUCUUGGACAUCCUGAAUACGUUACUGACUGUGAAGAUAAAUUGCAGCCAAUCAGUGGCUUGUUAGACAUAGAAAACAGCAGCAGCAGCUCCAUAUCAGAGCUCACUACCACAAAACUGCCACGAGGUAAAUAAAUGCUUAUAUGUCACAAGCUUCAAGUAAAAUAUGCAGUAUCCUUUAGAAAGUUUAAAUGUCUGUGUUUAAUCUAGAACCGCCUUUUUUCAAAUUUAACCACCUUAAAUGGUGGCAAGUUGCCGUUAGCUUAGUGCUAACAAGCUAUUACACUCUUUGGAUGCAAGCAGAUGUUAGCAUUAUUGUUGAGGUGGGUGUUUUCCUCAUGUUUUGACCUAGUUCUCACUUUACUGGCCUGUUUUGAAGCCCUAUUUCUAAUAGCCGUGGUUCACCGCUGGUUUUUAGAGGCGGCUCUUUGAACGUCCGGUUACUGUCACCACCACUGUGAGCAGUUCUGACUCUCUACAGCCAGAAUUUCACAUCAGACCACUGGCUUUGUUUUCAUCUUAGUGGUUUAAUUAUGCAGAAGUACAAACCUGAUGAACUUACAUUUACAUACAGUUAUGAUUGCAAAGUGAGAUAUGAAAGGAUGGCACUGUAACUUUGUACAUCAGUGUUGUUGAUUUGCAUGAUGGUAACGACUGUAGUGUAACUGCACCAGGUGUCAUACAGCCACAGACAACAGAGUGACUUUGUGAGCUUGUUGUUGGUCAAAGGUUUUUCUUUUUAUAAUGUAUAUAAAAAACUGCAAAUUUCACCAAAGACAACACAAGGGCUAAAAAAGCUACUCAAAGGUUCUCAUUUCUCUAAGAUUAUAU